UCGCACGUGUCUCAUGGAAAAAUAAAAACUAAAUUUAGUUUCGUUAGGAUCCAGAACAAACGACACUUAUUAGGAAAUUGAAUGAUCCGUUUGGCUUCAGAAGAUAUGAUAUGAUAAUGGUAUAUGAUGAUAAUAUGAUUUCACAUUAAAAUCCAUUGACUUGCUUCUGCUCGAUGCCAUUUGAAAACUAGAGAAAAUCUCAAAUUAAUUGUUCGCUGUUGUCAACAUGAAACGGGCCAUUUUCACGUGUCAAACGGGCGCGUGAAGGACGCGCCCCUCGUCCAAUCACAGCCGCGCCAGCGCUGUCGCUCUGCUCCUUUAAGACUUUUCUCCCCAGUUCUUUUUGUUUUUUGCUCCCAGCUCGUACAAGGGGCCCUUUAAGCCCCGGUACCGGCGCACAGAGCGGGCAUUCAUAGACGGGCAGCGAACGAGGGGGCUGGGAGUGAGCGUCACUUUGGAAACUCGGGGACUCACGGAUUCUCGUGCUUUACCGGCGACCUCCUUUUCUCAUUGCUGAAGUCCUCGUCCGUGGAUUUCAGUUGCGGGGAACACGGAGGAGAGAGAGAGAGAGACGGGAAGUCAAGAGUAAGUGAGACUGGGCGAGUUUGGCGCAGAAAGUUGUGCAUUAGCAGGUAAACUGGGGUCCAAGGUGCGCACUGAGCCGCCUAUGAUUCCAACAACACGGAUGGAAAGAACUUUGAUGUGGAACCCUCACAGAGUUUUACAACGGAGGCUGAGAGUAGAGACCGAUUGGCAGUUUAUAUUAUAACUUAGAGGCCGAGGGACAGAGCAGGCAGCGUCUCCGAGCGUCACACAGGACAGACCGACCGACAGACCGACCGACAGACCGACAGCACCGGGACAACGAGCGGAGCGUCCUCUGCGCACCGGACGCCUGUGUGUGUGUGUGGGAAGAUGUCCAGAGAGGAGCAGAGCCUGUCGGAGGUCGAGCUCAGUCCCGGGAUGUCGGACGACAGCCGCUCCACGUCGCCGGGCCUCUCCUCCGGCGCCGCGGGCGGCGGGGACUCGCCCCUGCGCGCGCAGCGGCCGCCGCCGCUCGCGGCGCUGGACGACGCGCCGGCGGGAUGCUCGUCCGUCAAAUCCGACGACGAGGACGAGCGCUUCCCCGCGGGGAUCCGCGAGGCGGUGAGCCAGGUGCUCAACUGCUACGACUGGACCCUCGUGCCCAUGCCCGUGCGCGUGAACGCCGGAAGCAAGAGCAAGCCGCACGUGAAGAGGCCCAUGAACGCCUUCAUGGUGUGGGCGCAGGCGGCGCGGAGGAAACUGGCCGAUCAACACCCACACCUGCACAACGCGGAGCUCAGCAAGACGCUGGGCAAACUGUGGAGGCUUCUCAAUGAGAACGACAAGCGGCCCUUCAUCGAGGAGGCAGAGCGGCUGCGGAAGCAGCACAAGAAGGACUACCCCGACUACAAGUACCAGCCCCGGCGCCGCAAGAACGGAAAGAUGGGUUCUGGCUCCGGCAGCGAGGCCGACGGCCACUCGGAGGGGGAGGUCGGCCACAGCCUGUCCCACUACAAAGGCCUCCACCUGGACGUGGCCCGCAGCGGGGGGGACGGCUCCCCCCUGUCCGACCACCACCCGCACGCUUCAGGUGGGCUGCACAUCCCACCCACACGCACUGGCGUCAGUGGUGGAGUUUCAGCCACGUGUGCUUUGCUUUGUGUGUCUACAGGUCAGAGCCACAGCCCCCCCACACCCCCCACCACUCCCAAGACUGACGCUCACUCUGGGAAAGCAGGAGACGGGAAGCGGGAGGGCGCCGGGAGCGGGGGCCCCCGCGGCGCCAUGGGAGCGGAAGGAGGCGCCGGAGCGCCGGGGUCGGCGAAGCCGCACAUCGACUUCGGCAACGUGGACAUCGGCGAGAUGAGCCACGAGGUGAUGGCCAACAUGGAGCCGUUCGACGUCAACGAGUUUGACCAAUACCUGCCCCCCAACGGGCCGCCCGGGGCCGGGCCGGGCGCGGGCGCGGCCGCCGUGCCCGCGGCGCCCGCCUCUCCCUACACCUACGGCAUCUCCUCAGCUCUGGCCGUGGCCAGUGGACACGGCGCCGGCUGGCUCUCCAAGCAGCAGCCCCCGCAGCAGCACCACGGCCCCCCCAUGGGCCCAGACGCCUCCAAGGGCCCCGUCAAGAGUGAAAGCGCGGGCUCUGGGGGUCCCUUCGCCGAGGCCGUGUCGGCAGGUUCCCACGUCACCUACACCCCCCUCGGCCUGCCCCACUACAGCUCUGCCUUCCCCUCCCUGGCCUCCAGGGCCCAGUUUGCCGAGUACGCAGACCACCAGGCCUCGGGCUCCUACUACGUCCCCUCCAGCCAGGCCUCUGGGCUCUACUCUGCCUUCUCCUACAUGGGGCCCUCGCAGAGACCGCUGUACACACCCAUCACUGACCCAGCCAGCGUCCCGCAGUCACACAGCCCCACGCACUGGGAACAGCCCGUCUACACCACGCUGUCGCGCCCAUGACAGACAACGAGACCAGGCAGCACUGGUGCCGGUCCAGCCCCCGCGCCAGACCCCAGGAGCAGCAGCGUCAGAGGUCUGGGCUGGGGUGAGUGGGCCGGUACUGGUGGCGUGGGCUGGGGAGGCAGGGCAGGUGAAGCCCAACUCUGGUCCUGCCCAGAGGCAGAGAUGCUGUCGCAGCCCCAGAACCAGCUGGGAGCCAGGUGGUUUUAGGCCCGGUUGAUUUGUGUGGUGGGUGGGGGUGUCCGAUGCAGCCCUCAGGCCACAGACGGGUCAGCAGCCACAGGACCAGCGCAAAGAAUGCACUGCUUGAUGUGACAGGUAUCACGACCAACACAAGGACCUAAAACCAGGAUGGACGUCCGGGCCGCGGGCCGGGCUCCAUCCACUCCUCAGGCAAAAACCCCAAUCAGAACACAGUGGUACCGGUCUGCUGGUUCCGGAGGCCUAAACGGGGACGCAGCCAUGAGCACAGUCAGUCUGUUCUAUCAGGAUAGUUUACAGGAUGUACUUGAACUUGCUGUACAGAAGUUAAUGCAAACAGAUGUGAAACAAUGACCAAAGGUUUGGCACCAAAACUCAGUUUAGAGACGUUUCUCCCAACGACACUGAAAACUACCUGUCGUCACACGGAGCAGUUCUGAGCUUUGACUCUAGAAAGAAACAGUGUCAAAGCUUUGUUCGCAGUAUUUGACUUCAUGACACAAUGUUUCUAUUUAAACUUGGAUAAUUCAUCUGAACGAUUAGUAGAAGCUCUAACAUCGCUGGUAAACGCUUAUUGUUAUUAUCUGUGUGGCUCAAUAAUAACUUCUCAUCAUAAAGUGCCUCGGUCUUUGCUACUAACGCCUCCACGUAUUUAUGUUAAACCACGUUUGUGCCUUUUACUGUUUUUGAUCAAUAGCAGAUCUUUAUUUUCACGCUGGGAUAUAUUAAAAAAAACAUUAUUUACUUAAUUAUCAUUUUUAAGAUCUCCGCUGGAUCUUUAUUUAAACCCAACGCAAGCAGCACGGCUUCAUGUCCAGCUCAGAGCCCACAUUAACAUGUAAUCACUGCUAUGAACUUCUUAUUUAUACUCGUUUGUGUUGCCUACGUUGUUUUUUAUUGUGUAUCUGUUGCCAGCACAGCAAGAAAAGCUUGUAACAGCAGGAACAAAAGCCUGAACAUGUGACGACGGCUUACGAUCCUGAACCUUUGCUUGAAUUAAAGUUAUUUCUGCUUUACUACAAA